UCAUGUGACACAGACAGUACGCGCAGGCGCAGAGGAGUCUCGUGUUGUUGUCACCUGCUUGUUUGGAACAUGAGUAAGAUGUCAGCUCUGCUGGUCACAGUGACGCUGCUUUGUGUUCAGGUGCUGCAUGGCCUGCCACACACGGCCUUUCAGUCAAAGAAACCUCAUGGAGUCAACAGAGAGCCUCAGUUCACAGAGAAGUAUUUCAGUCAGACUGUGGACCACUUCAACUUCAACAGCAUGGGGAACGGGACAUUCAGUCAGCGUUACCUGAUCACAGAGAAGUACUGGAAGAAAGGCCAUGGUCCUGUUUUCUUCUACACUGGAAAUGAAGGAGACGUCUGGGAGUUUGCGCUCAACUCUGGAUUCAUCACAGAGUUAGCUGCCCAGCAGGGAGCCUUGGUCAUAUUUGCUGAACAUAGGUACUAUGGCAAGUCUUUGCCAUUUGGCAAAGACUCCUUCAAGAUCCCCCAGAUUGGCCUGCUGACAGUGGAGCAGGCGCUCGCUGACUACGCUGUCAUGAUCACUGAGUUGAAGCAGCAGCUGGCAGCCACACAAUGUCCUGUCAUCGUGUUUGGUGGCAGUUAUGGUGGAAUGCUGUCUGUUUAUAUGAGACUCAAGUAUCCAAACAUUGUGGCUGGAGCUCUGGCUGCCAGCGCCCCUAUCCUAUCCACUGCUGGGAUGGGAGACCCCAGGCAGUUUUUCAGAGAUGUUACAGAUGAUUUUGCGAGCGUCACCCCUGAAUGCAGAGAUGCUGUGAGAGGAGCGUUUCAUCAGCUGAAGGAAUUAGCUGAACACCAAGAUUACAGUCGCAUCCAGUCUGAGUUCUCCCUGUGCAAGCCUCCAUCAUCUGCUCAGGACAUCCACCAGCUAAACGGUCUGCUGAGGAACGCCUUCACUCUGAUGGCCAUGCUGGAUUACCCCUACAGCACUCACUUCAUGGGGAACAUGCCUGCCAACCCUGUCAAGGUGGCCUGUAAAACCAUGCUUAAUGGAUCUGACCUGCUGUCUAACCUCAGGAACACUGCAGCGAUUGUGUACAACGCUACUGGUGUGCUGACCUGUUUCGACCUGUAUAGUCUGUAUUUGGAGUGUGCCGAUCCCACUGGCUGUGGACUGGGCUUUGACAGCAUGGCCUGGGACUACCAGGCGUGCACAGAGAUUAAUCUGUGCUAUGAGAGCAACAACGUGACAGACAUGUUUCCUCCCAUGCCCUUCACAGAGAGCGACCGUGAGCGUUACUGCUCCAAACGCUGGUCUGUGGUUCCACGACCAGACUGGCUCAAAAUCCAGUUCUGGGGUGACGCCCUGUCCACAGCCAGCAACAUCAUUUUCUCCAACGGAGAUCUGGACCCCUGGGCAAACGGAGGGGUGCGCAAGACCUUGAGCUCAUCGCUCAUAGCUAUCAACAUUUCUGAAGGAGCUCAUCACCUGGAUCUGAGAGGCUCUAAUGAUGCUGAUCCAGUGUCAGUAAUCAGCGCUAGGAAAACAGAAGCUGACCUCAUUGCACAGUGGGUGAAGAUGGAGAAGAUCAGGCUAGGACAGUCACUUUGAAAAUUCCUCAUUUGUUUUCUGUAAAUCCAGACCUGAACCUGUGCUUCAAACUCAUCAUGGACAGUGAAACGUGACAUUUGCUUGCUCUAAUUCUGUGUUCAGACAGCUGGUUUGUCUAAGCAACAGUCCAAAACCUACGCCUAACCUAUGAUUGCAGACUUCAAUGACUGUCAAUAUUGUUAGCAUUUAAUUUUAUUGAUUGAUUGUCUCAUUUAAGCAGCAGUGUAUCAUUUUUAUAAUGCAGUGUAGAUUUGGGUCAAAGGGAACACCAUACCAUGUCAAAGCAUCAUCAGAAACACUCAGAACAUCGUAAGGGCUUCUGAUUUAUUCUACAGUUAACUAUCUUCCUCUGUUUCAUUAUGAGAGGGAGACUGUACUGACCUCACUAUGUUCUGUGUGUUUCCAUCCGAGGAUAUACAAACAUGUGAAACAUGUAUCACCAUGACAACUACUGCAAAACUUUGAUUUGUUUUGAGUCAACGAUCGACACGAAUGUUGUUCCUGUUCAAUAAAAUCUUUAAUUUUUA